AUGCGGUUAUGGGGGCCUUGGCAUCGUCGGUUGCAUUCGCAGGUGUCUCAUAUCACCACUCCCAUCUUUUAUCCCAACGCCAGGCCACAUUUGGGUCAUCUUUACUCGAGUCUACUGUGCGAUGUGUUCCAUCGAUGGCAAUUGUUCAAGAAAGGCAGCUCGCUCUUCACUACGGGUACCGACGAGCACGGUUUGAAGAUCCAGGCGGCAAGUGAGCGGGCUGGGUACGCAAGUCCCAGGGAAUUCGUCGAUAACCUUUGCAGGGACUUUGUGAAGCUGGACCGAGCUGGAGAUAUACGGUUUACGAGAUUUAUACGGACGACAGACGCAGAUCAUGUCGAGAAUGUGCGAAAGCUUUGGAAGCUGUGUGACCUCAAUGGGUUCAUCUAUCGGGGAGAGCAUAAAGGGUGGUAUUCUGUCUCAGACGAGACCUUCUAUCCGGAGUCCAAGGUGCAGAGGAGUGGGACGGAUGCAGACAAGUUUAUCAACACCGAGACGGGAAAUGAGGUAGUUUAUCAUACCGAGACCAACUACUUCUUUAAACUGUCGGCGUUCAGGGAGAGGCUGGUAGCGUACAUUACGGAGAAUCCGAGAUUCAUUGAUCCAAGUGCCAAGAGACUGCAAGUGCUGAGAGAGCUGCAGGAAGAGGGCGGUCUGCCGGAUAUUUCGAUCUCAAGGCCUUCCUCCAGGCUAAAAUGGGGGAUUGAUGUCCCGGGAGACCCAUCGCAGAAGGUAUAUGUUUGGUUUGAUGCGCUCUGCAAUUAUGUGUCUUCCGUCGGUGGUAUAGACGCAAUACUCCAAGACGCAAUCCCUGAAGUUGCGCUACGUCAUGAGGGCGGUAAUUUGGAGGUUAGCUCCGCCGAAUGGUGGCGGAAUACUACUCAUGUUAUUGGUAAGGACAUCAUCAAGUUUCACACCAUUUAUUGGCCCGCUUUCCUGAUGGCUGCAGGAUUGCCGCUGCCGAAGCAGAUCGUUGUUCAUAGCCACUGGCUGUCGAACGGGGUCAAGAUGUCCAAGAGCUUGGGGAAUGUGGUUGAUCCUUUGCUGAUGAUUGAUCACUACGGUCGCGAUGCGAUGAGAUGGUUUCUUCUGGAGAAUUCUCAGCUGGAAGACGAUAACAAUUUCCAAGAGGACAAACUGCAUUCUACGAGGGAGCUACUGGUUUCAAAGUGGGGAAACUUGGUUAACAGAUGCUGUGGGGCCAAGUUUAACUUACAGCGUGCUGUUGCUACGUUCGCUUCGAUGGAUCGCGAGACUCUACUUAAUCUGCUCGAUGGCGACCAGAUGCUUAAAGAGGCCGUACAGAAGCUAUUUACUGAACUUGAUAUGAUUUCAGAGAAAAUGGACGGAUACAUCAGCCGUUUCGAAUCGAGAGCGGCGCUGAGGAAUGUAUGGUCUGUGAUAGAUCUCUCUAACACGCUCAUCCAGGACUCUAAACCAUGGACCAAAGAAGGUCCCCAGCAAGACGUAAUAAUCUAUGCAUGCAUGGAGGCAUCACGUAUAUUGUCCAUUUUGUGCCAGCCAAUCAUUCCAUCGCUUGCAGCAAGACUUCUUGACCGCAUAGAUGUCCCACUAGACAGGCGGUCAGUGGCAUUUACCAAAGUGGGUACGGAUGAUUUGUAUGGCCGAGGCUCGAAUGAGAGAGGAAGACCAGUGCCGCUGCAGAGAAAGCCUCUCAGGGAACAAUGA